GCAUGCGUGUGUCCCACGGCUCCGGAAGUCGAAGUCGCGUCUCUGCAGGUUGAAAAAGUUGCCGGGAUCCUCGGUGUUCUGUGAGGGAAAAAACUGUUAUUUCUUCAGUUUUUGGAAGUUAAGCAGCUGCUUUGAAGAUUAGACCUUAAUAAGGGUUGGGGUAAAUCUGUAAAGGGAUUUUCCACAGAGCAAUGUCUUCGGCCCCAGUAGCACCUUCUACAUACACACCCCUAAAUCUACUUAAGGAAGGCACUGUUGUCAAUGUCUGUGGUGUUGUGAAGUUCUUUAAGCCUCCGUACUUAAGCAAAGGAACAGAUUAUUGCUCUGUUGUCACGAUUGUGGACCAGACAAAUGUGAAGUUAACAUGCAUGCUCUUUAGUAGAGACUACGAUACCCUUCCCAGCGUUUAUAAAGUUGGAGACAUCGUUUGCUUCCAAGGGCUGAAGAUCCAAGCAUAUAAAAAUGAGCUUCAGGCAAUCAGCAAGUUUGGUUUUGCAUCUUUGACAUUUGAUGGCACCUUAGGGGCUCCUAUCAUACUGCGUACUUUAAGCAAGAGAUUUAACUUCACUGCUCAGGACUACAGUAUGGUAGAAGCCUUGCGAACGUGGGCAUCCACACACAUUUCAGCUUCUUCCAACUUAGUGCAGCUUUCUGAUGCUCAGCCCAUGCAGUAUUACGACCUGACCUGUCAGCUCCUGGGCAAAGCACAAGUGGAUGGAGUGUCAUUUCUCCUAAAGGUAUGGGAUGGCACCAGGACAAAGAUUCCCUCUUGGAGAGUCUGCAUACAAGACGUUGCUUUUGAAGGUGACUUAAGUCACAUUCUGCAGCUACAGAAUCUGGUGGUAGACAUUGUCGUUUAUGAUAAUCAUGUCCAAGUGGCAAAAUCCCUAAAGAUCGGAAGCUUUCUUAGAAUCUAUAGUCUCCAUACCAAACUUCAGCCAAUUAAUUCAGAGUCCACAACUUCCUUGGUAAGACUCGAAUUUCAUCUUCAUGGAGGAACUAGUUAUGGUCGUGGGAUCAGAGUCUUACCAGAAAGUAACUAUGAUGUGGAUCAGCUGAAAAAAGCUUUAGAAUCUGUAGACUUGGAAGCCAUUCAGACCUCAGAUGACACCUACCAAUCCGACAAUGUGGAGAAUUGUUUAACAUCUUCAAGCUCCGAAUCAGACCUAGUUUCCCUGUAUGAGGUGGAAAGAUGUCAACCACUCUGUGCUACAACACUUACAGGUUACCAUCAUUUAGAGAAGACAUCGUUGUGUGACAUUUUGAAGCAAAGAGCUCCUCGACAGUAUCGUAUCAGAGCAAAGCUAAGAUCAUACAAGCCCAGAAGACUUCCUCAGUCUGUUAAACUUUUUUGUCCUAAAUGCCAUUUAUUGCAAGAAAUUCCAUCUGAGGAAAAUGUGGAUAAAAUUUUACAAGAUGCUACAGCUACAGCCCCAGACUGCAAGCUGCAAGAUACACCAUUGUAUGACUCAGAGGUCUGGACCACUGAAGGCCAAGGAGGACGGCAGGUUGCUGUCCAUUUUGUAAAGAAUGACGGCGUCCUUCCUCACUCAAGUGAAUGUCUGGUUUUGAUCGAAGGAGGCCGGCUCUGUGAAAUCUCUAGACUGUCAAGCAUGUUUCACAGUGUGAUCCCUGUGCGGUCUGGCCCUGAGGACCUGGAGCUCGUAGAUCUCGCAGCACCAUUCCUCAUACGAGGGAAGGUGUGUCACUAUGGAUGUAAACAGUGCUCAAACUUGAAAACCAUACAAAACUUAAGUAUCAUUCCUAAUAAAAGACUAUGGAUUCCUUCCUCUGUGGCAGAAGUUCUGGGCAUUGUACCUCUACAGUAUGUGUUUGUUAUGACUUUCAUGUUUGAUGAUGGAACCGGAGUAUUGGAUGUCUACCUCAAGGAUUCUGAGAAGUUUUUCCAGAUCCCAGCAUCAGAAGUCCUUACUGAUGAUGACCUUCAGAGAAAUCUGGAACAGAUCAUGAAUGUCAUUUGUCCUCCAGGAAUAAAAAUAGGUAGGCAGCAUUUCAAAGGUGCUUCUUUCUCUUCCUUGAAAAUACACCUAGUGUGUAUCUAAUCCAUAGACUGUGGGUAGAACGAAGCCAACUGAGUCCUUGGGAAUUGCUAAGUGUGAACAAUAUCUAUCAGUGUCUUAAUGAGAUAGCAGAAGAAAUAAAAUAAAUAUGAGUAAUAAAGUUUAAAAUAUUUUGAAAUGUAUUUAAAGCAUAGCACUUUUGAUCACAACGAAUUUGACUCUGAGUUUAUACAUACAGCAUAGAAACAUAGAGGUUGCAAUUAAAACAAAUCGAUGCACUAUUUACUAGAAACAUGCCCUCAAAUAAACUGCCAUAAUCAUGUUUGACUCAGUGGAUUUCCUCUGGUACUAAUGAGCUUCAAAUUUUUCUAUAUUUAUUUUGCAGACUUUAUGAACUUUAGCCAUUUUUGCACAAAUAUGCUUCAUCCACAGGCUCCUGCCCUGGUAAAAAUUGUACACAUUGUAGCCACUGUCACUAAGUCCUUUUAUGGCCAGCAUUUCUUUUCUGUCACAAUCUGGAGAAGUAAAUUGUGUUAAGCAGUUUGAUUGUUCUAGUAAUUGUUGACAGUGACAAAUCUCCCCUCUGGCUGCUUCACUGUUGCUGAUGGGACUGUUAGAGUUUGCUCCUGAUUAGGGUUUCUUCCUCCGCAAUAGGUCUCUACAAUGCAGCAUCAGUUCCCAAGAGAUGGGGCAUUUUGCUUUUCUGGAGCAAAGUUUAAUUGAGAUAUGUUCAUUUGUUUUCAAUUUUAAUUUGUCUUGCAUAUUGCACUUAGUAUACAUAGAUUUCCAAAAAUCAAAGUCUCUGGACCUGGGGUGUUUUCAAAUAUACAGAUAUAUGGCCAAGCUUGAUUGCCAUGCCAGAUGCCUUGCAGGCUUACUAGGGUCUUCUGUUGAUGGUAGAAAUGAGCCUGCCCUGCUCCUUGCCAGAUGUGAUGGUUGGCAUUAUUGCUGCCAGUUGUGCAGGUCACAGGUAAGGCUUAAAAUGAUUUGAUCUGAAGUUCAGGUUUCACCUCCAUCUUAUUUGUCAAGGAAAAGACAGGAGGCCCAUAAGCAGUCAGUUCAAGAAAAGGAGCAAAACAUCAGUGAGAUGCUAGACUACCUUUGCUGGCAGGUGUUUUAUAAACCCUUAAUCUCUUUCAUCUGAGGUUGGGACAAAAUUGUAAUUAAUCAGAAUUACUAGUUCUGUGCUUGGUUUAAUGGCUGAAUGGUAUGUCCUCUUGGUCUGUAGAUGCGCACCCAUGGCUGGAGUGCCUCAUCAAGUCCUACAACGUCACAAGUGGAACAGAACAUCAAAUAUGUUACCAGAUAUUUGACACCAUGAUUGCAGAAGACAUCAUCUAGCGCUGCUGUUGUGUGUAGUGGGUGGGUGGCAUGGGGGGUAACAGUCUUACAGAAAGUUAGGACUGUGACUCUAAAAAGGCAUUCUGUGUUGUUGAAUUAUCCAUUCCCAUUUCUACUAUAGCUUUAAGGUCUCUUAUACAGAAAGACAUUGUAUUGUUAUUUAUACCUUCUUGUGAAUAUGUUGAAAUGUGUUUUUUCUCAACAUGCCCAGGGUGACAAUUAGAUUACAAAAUAAGACCACAUCUUGUGUGGAGAAACCCAGAUUUUCAUUUUCCCUUCAGGUAAUCUCUAUUGUUACCAGACAUUGUAGGUCUGUCUUCUGCACAAGACACUUGUUUUUGUGCUGUUCACUUACCAUCCUUGGUUGGGUUUAUAUUCCUGUCCUGAGUUUUAUACAAGCAGUUGAUGAUAAUGUGAGUGUAGAUAAUAACACAUUCUAUUCUUGAGUCUCUUAGCUCAGUGGUGGCUACCUUUCUUUCAUCCUCUUCCAUUUUACUUGGGAGAGAGAAGAAAGCAAUCACAAGUGGAGAGGGAGGGAGGGACCUGGGAAGGAAAGUGGAAGGGGAGAGGGGAACCUGAUCUGGUAUUGGGUGAGGGAAAAGAACUGAAGCCCUAAGGGCCAGCAGAAAGAAUGAAAACAGGCAACCUCAGGAAAUAGGAGGCUAGUGAACCCUCCAGAAUGUACCAGAGACCUGGGAUGUGAGAGACUCUCAGGAAUCAAAGGGAGGGACCUUAGAUGAAAUGCCUGACAGUAGGGAGAGGGAACUUAUAGAGCCCACCACCAGCAGGAAGACAGAACAUCAAGUGAGGGAUGGGGUUGCCAUCCCACAGUCACAUCUCUGACCCAUAAUUCUUCCUGUCUGAAAGAAUUACAGGGAUGGAAAUGGAGAGGAGCCUGAGGAAAAGAAGAUCCAGUGACAAGUCCAAAAUGGGAUCCAGCUCAAAGGGAGGUCCCAAGGCCUGACACUAUUACUGAGGCUAUGGAGCACUCACAAAAAGGGACCUAACAUGACUGCCCUCUGAAAGACCAACAGGCAGCUGAAAGAGUCAGAUUCAGAUAUCUGCACCCAACCAAUGGACAGAAGCAGCUGACCCCUGUUGUUGAAUUAGGGAAGGCUGAAAGAAGCUGAGGAGAAGGGUGAUCCUGUAGGAGGACCAGCAGUCUCAAUUAAUCUGGACCCCUGAGAUCUCUCAAACACUGGACCACCAAACAGACAACAGUACACCAGCUGAUAUGAGACCCCCAACACACAUACAGUAGAGGACUUCCAGGUCUGUUCAUUCAGAGAUGAUGCACCUAACCUUCAAGAGACAGGAGGCCCCAGGGAGUUUAGAGGUCAGGUGGGGUGGGGGGUGGGGGCUUCCAUGUGGAAACGGGUGUUGUGGAGGAGAUGUGGGGUGUGGAGCAGUCAGGGUGGAUGGUGGGGGUGGGGUGGGGAAUGCAAUAUGGAGUGUAAAAAUUAAUAAAAAAAAGAAAGAAAUCAAUUAUAUUCAUUAUCAACCACACUCCAGUGCAGUGGGCAGCUCCCCACCUCCUGAAAAAAGUCUGAAUGCUUUGUGAACUUUAUGUCACUGCAUCUUAUUUGGGUAUUUGUGUGUGUGUGUGUAUGUGUGUGUGUGUGUGUGUGUGUGUGUGUGUGUAUGUGUGUGUGUGUGAAUUCAUAUAUUUACUUGAAAUUUAUUUCUUCACACUUUAUUCUUAUAUUUCCUAGUUCCAACAAUUUGCCUGCAAAUUUCACAAUGUUCUUAUUUUUAAUAGAUGAGUAAUAUCUCAUUGUUAAAUGCACCACAUUUUCUUUAUCUAUUUUUUAGUUGAAGACUAUCUAGGUUGUUUUGCUAUAAACAUGUUUGAGAAAGUGUCCUUGUGGUGUGGUAGAACAGUUUUUGGGAAUGUUCCCCAGAGUAGUGUAGGUCUUGAUUCCCAAUCUUCUGAGAAACAGCAAAAAUUGAUUUCCCAUUUAACUUCAGUUUUACACAGAGGAAUUGCCUAGCCAGUCCUGGUGUAAGAAAACUUCCUGUGCAUUCACAUGAGUAUCUUGUUAACUGAGUUCCCCUUGAACAAAUUUUUGUCUUGAGUGAGUCACUGAUGUACUAUGACAAGUCUUUAAUGAGACAUGGCAUAGAUCUUUGAAGUAGAAUAACACUACUUUUUUUCUGUAAUAAGGAAAAUGAACUACCGUUUCCUAAUUUUGUAAUUAAACCAUUUCUGCUUGCUA